CAUGGCAGGCAGUAAGUUGUCGCUGGAAGGCAGAGUGAGUGUGAGAUGUUUUCUUUUAGGGCUCAGCGUGGUUAUCAUCCCCCUGAUCAGGACGUGGUUCGGACAUCUCGACUGGGUCUUUGAUUACCUGACGGAGACUCCGGGGAAAAUAGCGAUUUGCCUUCAUGUAGCAGUGAUGAACGGCCUGCUGCUGGUCAUACACAGAGGUCCUCUGUACAAGGUGGCGGUGAGAGCCUGUUUCCUGGGGGUCACAUUUGGCUGUGGCUUAAUCAUCAGCUGCUCUGAAACCACUUGGACACAUUUUGGCUGGUACCUGUGCUCCCUGUCGUUCUUCCAUUACUCUGAGUACCUGGUGACGGCCAUCAUCAACCCUCGCAGCCUGUCGCUGGACUCCUUCCUCCUCAACCACAGCGUGGAGUACACCCUGGCUGCCAUCUCGUCAUGGGUGGAGUUCACUGUGGAGAAGCUGACAGUUCCAGAGCUGAAGCAGCUGAGCUGGCUGAGCAUUGUGGGUCUUCUCAUGGUGCUGUGUGGCGAGUGCCUGCGGAAGUCGGCCAUGUUGACCGCUGGCUCGAACUUCAACCAUAUUGUCCAGAAUGAGAAGGCUCAGAGUCAUGUGCUGGUCACUGACGGGGUGUACGCCUACUUCAGACACCCCUCCUAUGUGGGCUGGUUCUACUGGAGCAUAGGAACACAGGUCUUGCUGUGCAACCCGCUGUGUAUACUGGCUUACACGAUAGCCAGCUGGCGGUUCUUUCGGGAGAGGAUUGAGGAGGAGGAGCUCUCUCUUAUCCACUUCUUCGCAGAGGACUAUGUGAAGUACAAGAAGAAGGUUCCCACUGGGCUGCCCUUCAUCUCAGGCAUCCGUGUCAACUAGUCCCAUCAGCUGGAUCCUGGACAUAACAGACUUACAACACUAAACCAGGUCAAACCUGGUGGGUGUGCGGUGUCUGCCGUGUCAGCUGCUCUCCAGAGGGAAACCCUGCAGCUGGCUGAGAACCUGUAGCUCACAGACAAAGACUGAGCGCUGGGAGGACGGUGGGCAGCUGGGCUGCUGUUUUUCUACCAACCUCAAAAAUCCAAUUAAAGACCAGAGAACCUCCGCUGUACUAGAUAUAUUCCAAUAACAUUCACUCUAUCUGUUUGAAUUGUGUUUCUGUUUGCAUGCUUUACACAUGCCUAGUGUUUUCACUGAUGAGCUGAAGAAUGAUACCUGCACUGGGCCCUUUGGUAUCGUACUCGAGCAGAGUGUGAAAUUAUCAUUCUCCAAGUUUAAAUGGGGAAUGUUUCACAAGAAAGUAGGUUCAAUAGACAUUUUCUAGAGUCAAUGAGUUCAGAUAUAGUUGCUAGCACUAUCGGUAGUUGGGUCAAAAAGCACUAUCCUUAAUUGGCUACAGUGGAAACAGCUUAUAGUGUUUACGUUUGUCCCGGGCAUAAGGGCAGUCUAUCGCUAUAUCCGUGAUCACUGUAAGUGGUUUCCACUCUAUUUCCAUUUCAAAACAAACAAAGGCUUUAAGGAAAACUUUACAGCCACAUACUGUAUUAGAGCUCUUUGUAGGUCUUCUCACUAUCUUGUUAUCAAGACUCAUCUCUGGACAUGGGCACCUCGGGUCAAAGGUUAUUGAGUAUUAUCUGGUCUGCAAGGGAUCAAAAGUGUUGCUGCAGAUCUCAGGUCUGUAUGUUUCAUUUUAAUUAGGCUGAUGAAGACGUGUUUGUACGCUUGGGGAAAUUGUGGGUUUCUUCUUUUAUUUCUUAUAAACAUUUACAAGUCAUGGGAUUUUUCGAUUGGACUUGUGCAGUUUGUGUGGGGAUGCAGACCCGAGAUGCCUGAUGACACUUCUCAUCUGGACUUCGAACAGAUGGUUGCUGUCGUCUUUCAGUCAACCAUAUCACAAUAUCCAAAGAACCUACAACUGCAAACCAAAGUUCAGUUGUCGGCUUCACUCUACAUGGUGUUUGCUCAUUUCAGCUAUGCAUCUACCAACUUACUACUUAAAAUUGUGUAUGCUGCAGUUGCAUGAGGGCUGGUUGAUAAGUUCAUGGUGUAAGGUAGGAGCAGACCUAUCAGAAAACCUAUCACAUUUGUAUUGCAACAUGAAUCACCUCAUACAUUUGCACUCCUAGUUCAGUGGCUGUGAAUCCCUAAUUUGUAGAACCCAGCAUCUUGGGAGCCACCUUUGAGUUCAUCAGUGCACUUCUUCACCAGGCUGUAAGAAGCGGGUUGCCACCUUGUGGACCUCAUUGGUGAUGAGUCCUUUCAAACUCUGUGGCUAAUCACUAGACCUAUUUUCUCUGAAGGAAGUUGCAUGUGCGAACACAAAUGUCAGAGUGAGACGCUCCGCAGUUUCAGCAGACUUUCUCUGCCUGGUCUCCUAGUAAAAAAUUUGUAGAAAUCGAUGUGUGAAUCCAGGAGGGGAUGCUCCACAGCAAGUGAGUGGGGGGUUGAUGCUACUAACAUUUAACAGACUCAAAAAUUAAGAAAAAAAUAUCUCCUGUUGAAAAACGGUGACGCACACAUCGAAGACACCAACGAAGAUCUCAAGAGAGUUUGUGUGAUAAGAGCAGACACUGGUUUCUGUGUGUUGUAAAGAAAGUCCUAUGAUCUCUGCAGCAGAGUUAAAACAUCACUUCCCUUCUCUGUCUGCUGCACCUGACUGCUCCAGCUAUCUUCUGAAUAAUAUGUAGGAUCUGUUGCUGAUGAGAACGUUUCUGUGCAUAGAACCUCCUGCUGUGUUGUGCAAGUGUGAAAAUCAAACACUGGGUAAACUCUGUAGCCAAUCCUCGGCUACAGAUUACUCAGAGAGUUGGAAGUGCACUUGCAUGUAUCAAGAGUUGUAUAACCUAUCUUCUCCUACUUAAGGCCACAAACUUCUGAAUCAGCCCUCUUAACAUGAUCGUUACUAUCACUUCACUGUCUGUGCAAGCUAUAGAGUCUACUAAUUGUUUACUUUAAACACUCAGGACUAGCUUGAUACAAGAAAACCCGAGAAACAUUCAACCAAUUCAAGAAAUUAGUUAAAAUUUUGACCAGUGGCACAAUCUACUGAAUGUUGGGUUUGUUUAGUGCAGUCAAAGGCUGCAUGUACAUAUGGGUUGUGUGUGUAGUCUGAUUUUAAAGUGAAACACUUGUAGCAUUUGUGUGAAGUGCUCUGUGUAGGUUUAGACUAUGAGAUGACUAUGAGGUGUUCAGAUGAUGAGCUGUUUGCAGCAUGGAACCUGAUUGGUUUCCGGGUGUGUUGCACUCUCACUGUAUAUCGUCUAUUUAUCAUAGGCCAGUAUUAAGCAGUUUGUUACUCUGACUGAAAACUGUUGGCAGAUUACCGUGCAUUUAUUCACAAAGAAGAUUUUCUCAACACCAAUUGUGUGGAUUAAAAUCUAGGCAGUUA